UUUCACAUGGCAGAGUCAAGUGAUAUUCCGAAUGGUACUUACACCUUGACCCUCGGGAAGUCAUUUGAAGUAAAAGGACGGAAAAGUGACCCUAAGGCAGAGCAAUUUCACACGCUAAGAUACGAUUUCAAGCCAAGCUCUGUAUCAAACAAUGCCGACACCUUCAUAGCGUUUGGGAACAGCGGUGAUGUACAUGUCUCUGUACCAAGCGAAGGAGACAAUAUGACUGUAUAUAAAGGAUCGAAAAAAGAAGCAAAACCGAAAGAAUGUCUUCUGUUCUUCGACAAAAAGACCAACACAGUUCGCUUGGAGAAAAUUACGAGCAAUAUUAAUGUAAAAAAGACGAGAGAUCUAGAUCAAGGAACAGAACUCGCAUUGAAACGUGGAAUCGAAAGAUUGAGAACUUCUUCUAAUAAUCAGCGAUCUGGACCAUCUUCACCGGAGGAGAAAGCGAAAAUUCAGAAACAAAUGCAGAGAGAUACAUCAGAUUCGAGUAGUGAUUCUGAUGGAUCAUCUGAUUCCGACAAAUCGAAUGGCGAUUCCAGUGAUGAUGAAGAUGAGAGCGAGAAGAUAUUAUUGGAAGAAAUGAAAAAGCCCAAACCAUAUACAGAAAGAGAACCCGCACCGCCUUCGUCUUCAAAUACCUACAAUCACAAAGAAAGCCACGUGGCUCCCUAUAUAUCAAGUAGUGGAAAUAAAAACAAAGAUUCUGAGGAGAAGUAUGGAUUGGCACUUAGCGAAAGCUCCGACGAAGAUGACUAAUUUUAAAACAUAAUAUUAUUCAGUGUAUUCAACCGUCUUUCUUGUGUACUUGUACUAGUGGUGGCAGUUAUUUGCUUCUGUGAUUUUUUAUUUAUUUCAAAACCGGGCUAUCUAUCGCAAUCAUAAAUUUUUUCAUUCAG